CAAAUUCUGAGGCCUCUCUAUAUAGUUUCAUGGUAGGUUCAGGUUUCUCACAACAAAAUAAAGCCUGAAAUUCACUUCAGAAACCUUCAUUAUUUCUUGUAGCCUUCACAACUUCUUUUACUUUUAACCAAACGCUAUAAAUCUUGGCAUUUUGCCAAACACAUUAUUUCUUGAACAUACGAACAAUAUGGAUAUGGUGAUGAAGUUGGGAGCAAUAAGCCCUGUGGUGAUAUUCAGCAAGAGUAGUUGUUGCAUUUCUCAUAGCAUCGAAACCCUAAUCCGUAGUUUUGGAGCAAACCCUACAGCUUACGAGCUCGAUAGACAUCCAAAUGGGAAGCAAAUGGAGAAGGCACUAAUUGAACUAGGGUGUCAGCCAAGUGUGCCAGCAAUUUUUAUAGGGAAUGAGUUGGUUGGUGGUUCUAAUGAGAUCAUGAGCCUUAAUGUGAGAAGCAAGCUGAAACAAUUGCUCAUUAGGGCUAAUGCCAUUUGGGUAUAAAAAUUAAUGACUAGCUAGUAGCAAUUCUACGAGUUUUGAUAAUAAAUAUCAACCAUUUAUAGAGAGUCUUCUAGCUUCGGACUGUUCUUUUUCUCCUAUUUUGCUUAUUGAUGCAUGUACUAAUAAUGUUAUACAAUUACAGUUAUAGUUGUUUUCUUUAUGUAUUGCACUUUAAUCCAAUGUAUUCAAGAUAUGUUAUAUACA